CCUGCCGCCCCCCGGUGCCGCUGCUGCCGCCGCCCCGCCUGCCGUCGCUCCUCCAUCGCCAGACCGGAUCGCGGUGAGGAAAGAUGAGCGAGGAGACGGCGACUUCUGACAACGACAAUAGUUACGCACGUGUGCGAGCCGUGGUGAUGACCCGGGAUGACUCAAGCGGCGGGUGGCUGCCACUCGGAGGGAGCGGGCUGAGCAGCGUCACUGUCUUCAGAGCCCCCCGUCCCGAGGAGAACGGCUGCGCCGGCCUCUUCAUCCGGGGAGAGCGACUCAGGGACAAAAUGGUGGUUUUGGAAUGUAUGCUUAAAAAAGACCUCAUUUAUAAUAAGGUCACUCCCACAUUUCACCACUGGAAGAUCGAUGACAAGAAGUUCGGCCUCACCUUUCAAAGUCCUGCUGAUGCUAGAGCUUUUGAUAGAGGCAUUCGGAGAGCUAUAGAGGAUAUUUCUCAAGGGUGCCCACCAUCGAAAAACGAAACUGAAGGGACAGAAGAUGACUUACAAGCAACUGAAGAAGACACUUGUAGUUCUCUGGUGAAAGAUCACCUUUUUCCACAAGAGACGGUUGUCACCAGUGACCCCUACAGAAGCUCCAGUGUGAGACCGUCUCCCCUUGAAGACCUGAGCGCCAGGAGGGCGUACUUGCAAAGCCAAGGCAGUCAGAUAACAUUUGGCCAACCAGGACUAGAUAUUCAGAGCAGAAGUAUGGAAUAUGUACAACGGCAAAUAUCUAAGGAAUGUGGAAGCCUUAAGUCCCAGAACAGGGUUCCUUUGAAAUCAAUCAGACAUGUCAGCUUUCAAGAUGAGGAUGAGAUUGUGAGAAUAAACCCUCGAGAUAUCUUAAUCCGUCGGUAUGCGGACUACAGGCACCCUGACAUGUGGAAAAGUGACCUGGAGAGAGACGAUGCUGAGGCCAAUGUGCAGUUUUCUAAGCCAGACAGUAAAAAAACAGACUAUCUCUACUCUUGUGGGGAUGAGACUAAGUUAAAUUCACUCAAAGACUCUGUGGUAUUUAAGACACAGCCUUCCUCAUUAAAAUUUAAGAAGUCAAAGCGAAGGAAAGAGGACGGUGAGCGUUCUCGCUGCGUCUACUGCCAGGAAAGGUUUAAUCAUGAAGAGAACGGCAGGGGGGGGUGCCAGGAUGCUCCGGAUCCCGUAAAGAGAUGCAUCUAUCAAGUUAGUUGCAUGCUCUGUGCAGAGAGCAUGCUAUACCACUGUAUGUCAGACUCGGAGGGAGAUUUUUCUGACCCCUGCUCGUGUGACAUGAGCGAUGACAAGUUCUGCUUGCGAUGGUUAGCCCUGGUAGCGCUGUCUUUCCUUGUCCCGUGUAUGUGCUGCUAUGUCCCUUUGAGAAUGUGCCAUCGCUGUGGUGAGGCGUGUGGCUGCUGUGGUGGGAAGCACAAGGCUGCUGGAUGAAGCGAGCCUGGGCCCGGCUGAGCUUAAAAUCUUUGUUUCCAGGAAUUAGCUUACUUGGAUUUGGGAAGCUUUCGGCAAGCACCAUACACACUUGCCUGGCGUCCGUGGGCCGCUCGCGGGGAAGCGGAACUCGUCGGUUCUAGGUAUUUUACAGACACUGGCCGUGCCUAACUUUCCCCUUGGGCGCAUGGCUUGUUUUGUUACAGGUGCAGAGUAUUUGCUGAAGGAAAACAUUUCUGGUUAUUGGCUACUAAAAAGUCAGCAUAAAAUAUGAUCCGACUAAAAGGGAUUGCUUUUUGGCAUUUUUGUGUAUUUAUGCAUUAGGUGACAGAACUUGUAAAGGUUCGAAUUCAUUAGGACACAAACUAAACAGUGCUAGAGACAGUUGAUUUCAUCUAAGAAAAGUUAACACUUGGAAAUUACAGGAAGUUAAACAAGUGCAACUAAAUCAUUCGUUGUUUUUUGAGAGCAGUUUUAUGUAUAAAAUAACAAAUGUUUAUAUUUAACUAAAUGUAAGGUACGAAUUAUUACAUAUUAAACUUUUCUUGCCCUUCCUAGUUCUGGAGUAGAUACAUAUCUACUGUCACAUUCCAUAUAUUUUGAAUAUUUAACUCAUUUAGUUAAUAACAUUUUUAUUCCAUAUAAAGGAUUGGAUAUUUUCAUCAUUUCUCUUUGGCUACAAUUUAUAUUGAGUUAUAUCUGUACAUUCUGGUAAUCUAAAAUCCUUAAAAAUAUUCUCAUCGCCUUGAGUGACCAACUUUUUUUUAAAGCACAGAUGCAAUUGUCUAAUGUUCUGAUGGGACGUAACACUUAUUUUUAUAUAAAGAGACUGAAUAAACAGGAAAAGGUGAGGGUUUUUUUGUUUUUAGUUGUUUGGGUUUUUUGUGGUUUUCAACCAGCAAGUUGUUUUCUCAGUUUCCUCCUUCAGGAGAUGCUGUGUUAGACAAGGUAGCGCGUGGACCAGCAGUGGUCGCCUGUGGGACCGCUUUCUCUCUGUGGCCUCCAGCGGCUGCUCCACUCAACUCAGUCCUCACAGCCUACCGUAAGAAGUAUGCUCAUUGAUAUAAAUGGCAUUUUCGUUUUAUUUAAACUGGCCAAAGGCAAAUUUAAUUUGUGUUAAGAUGUGUGCUAAACUAUCCCAAGAAAGUAUUUAAUCCAGUGUUGUGAAUGGAAUCGCCGAUACAUACAAAUUUUAUUUCUUUGGCAAAACAUUUGUGUUACUGGACAUUUAAUUUGCAAGUAGAUAGAAUACGUAGUUCAACAAACCAUUUCAAAUACCCUGAGGUCAAAUUGCCUGUUGUGUUGUGUUUUUUUCUCCUUCUUCAAACUGUUACAUUAAAACUCUACCCAAGUCCCAAGUAAGGGAUUCUUUCAGAAUAUCGCCUUAGAGAGAUCAAGUUGAGAGGUGUGCCUUUUUUUUAAUGGCUUAAAGUUUCAGAGGUGAUAGAAAUGAAAAUCACACUACCAAUUGGAAGCUCAUUUUCUAUGCAGCUUUUUAAAUGUCAUUUAGAUACCAUUCAGUGUCCAUACCACACUUAAGCUUGUGUUUGCUUCCUCCUUUUGCCCUGAUCAAGAACAAUGUAUAUAACACUAUCUGUCUGUAAAAUACUUUUUUUUAAGAAAGCGUUUAUAUUUAUAUGACAGCUUGAACUGACAACAUUGUGUAUAUAGAUCAUCUUGGAGUAUUAUUUCACAUUGAAAAGAAGAAAAAUAUAUUGAUAACUAUAGAUGUUAUGAAGAAGAGGUUAUUUCUAGUUUUGUACUAAAAAUCAAUUGGAUGAACUAAAUCUCAAACAGGACACAUCGUAGCAGCAGUUUUAUGUCUUAUUUUUACUGUUUAUAUAUUUGAACGCUGCUACACCCAGUGAUCUUCAUUCCUGAAGUUUUCAACUAAAAGUUGGUGUCCUAGAAUAGACUGUAAACUUUCAAAAUUCCUCUUCAUUGGUGAGACGGAAAUACCGGUUUUCCUUGUGAAUGAAUAUCCAUAGUUAUAAGUGGAAGUUUAUGAUUCAGAUUGGAACAAGUUGUGAAUAACUAAGAGAAAAGCUUGCUGGCCGUGUGGGGAAAUCCUGCAGGAGGAGCUGUGUAGACACUUUGAGGAGAACAAAGCUAAUCGUUUCUUCUAUCAAGCACUAAUCAAUAUAGUGCACUCCUGGUUCUGUACUGUACUUUAUAUAAAACAUAUAUGCUUUAAUAUUUUAAUGUUUGUGCAUUAAUAUUUUCAAUUUGUUUAACCACUGUGCUGCUAAGAUUUCUGCUGUCCCAUUCCCAUUUUUUUUCCUUUACAAUUUAAAAUGACUUUCUUCAUUAAAAACUACGGUGAUAAAAAUUGUUUUUAUUUCACCUUGGAUCUUGAUCUUUAACAUACCCGAUUUUCACAUCAGCCUAGAAAACUAACUGAUGAUAUAAUGUAUGAAUCUGCCCAUGGAACUUUUCUCUUGAGUAAAUGAGAAAUCCUAAGGGAAAACAAAUGGAAAGCUGAGCUCUCUGCGUCUUGGAUGUGUGUAUACUAGAUUCAGGAACAUUUUCUCCUUUGUACAGAUUUGGCGCUGCCAUUUGGCGUUUCCUCAAGACUUUUCUGUCUGAAUCUUUUGUAAGCAAAGGGAUCAAAAAAUAAAACAGUGAAAGUACAAGUGAAAAUUGAAAAUGAAGUCAUCUGACUGGCACGACCAAGAAGAGUGCCACAGGGGUGUCGCUGAGAAUUGAUCUUUCCGGGAGGUUUUCCCCUGCUCCUGCUGUCCAGGGGCAUUGUUUGUCUUGGGGAGGAAACGCACAUGGGGCCCCAGCACCCCCUACUGGUCAGCUUGGGGAGCAGGACAGGGAGGUGGCCUGGCAUGGGUGGGGUGGGGGUGAGGGUGUUCCCCCACGGGGCCCAGAGUUCCGGGAGGGUGGGGUCCCUCCUCCCAGGAAGGCUUAAAGCAAGUGGAAAAGGAUGCUUUCCUCUUUGGCGUCUUGUUGGUGGCUGAAAAAUUUUAAGCACUUUUUUCUUAUACAUCCUGUUCUAGAACAUUUAUUGAUACUUGGAACUGGCAAUCAAACCUAAUGAGUAUAUUGAGGCAUUUUUUAUAGAGCAAAAGCCAUUACCAAAAUGGUAUAUACUUACUUUUCUUCCCAUUGCCAGUCAGGGAGAUUUAAAAUAAAAAAACAACAACACACAGACACUCGUGUCUUAUCACGAAAACUUUUAAGAGUUGUGUAUGUUUCUGAGAUGGUGGGGUGGGACCUGGGAUUUAAAGGGUAAAACUUGAAACUACCUAUUUUCAUUGGUUGUUCAGCAGUGCCUAAAAUGAGCUUUUACAGUAAUGCAAAUGCACUUUGACCUCGCGUGUUCAGUGCCAUCUUGGGUAAGUCCUGUAUUCUCUUCUUCCUCCCUGAUGAGUGUAUCCAGUCUCCAGAGUGCAGGAAAGCACACACUCUCCUCUGGACAGAUAAAGAACUUUAAGGAUGUGUUUCUCAUGCUGAAAUUUAAGUUUUCUGGUUACACUUUGAAAAAUGUGUGUUUAAGAUUAGUUUUUCAUUGUUGCAAAGGUACGUCCUGCACAUGAUGCAACAGUUUCUACAUAAAAAUUGUGAACACUUUAGUUACCUGAAAAGAACAGAUUCUUACUUCUCUACUCUUCUAAGUAUAAGGGGAAAGCACUAGAAAUUUGCAUUAUUGCUGUACUUUAAGUCUGUCAAUCACCUUAAGGUGUUUUAUGGUGAACCAUUUUUAAGAGCUGUCUUCCUUUUUUUUAAGAGACACUAUGGGAAGUGAUUUAUAUAAACCAAAAGGAACAGCAAGUGCUUUAACAUAGUUUGCCUAGCAGCCAAGUGGUUAUAAAAACUCGCAUAUGCUUUGGUACACUGAAAAUAUUAGCCAUGUUCCUGGGAGCUUACAUUGCAUAAGUUGUGAGUUUGGAGGUUUUUCAAGAACUUGGAAAGCCUUUGUAUUACAGAUGUGCACGUGGAAACGUGUGUGGUGGCGUCCGCUUUCUGUUCCCUCCACUCGAAAGUGCCUCGUUUGUACAUUACUCUGUGAAAAACCUGAUGCUUGCUUUCUAAUGAGCAGUGAGAAAUUGUUUAACUCAUGUCAUGUAUCCUAUAGUUAACCAGCUUGAUAGUACUGAGUAUAUAAUGUAAAUACGCAUAUAGAAAUUUGUAACUGUUUUUGUUACACCAUAUCCAUGUAAUUGGACAUAUCAGAUGGUAUCAUAAGAAUUUGUUUUAAUGAUUUUACUGCCCUGGAAUUACCUGAUUAAACCGAUCAUGAAAUAU